AUGGCCGGGCAGGAUAAUGGAAUCACUGAUGCGACAACUGCCGAAAAUCGUGAACGGCAAUUGAACGAAGUCACGUUACUGGAGAGCAUGUACCCUGAAGAGCUGCAAAUCAUCAAGCAUCCAAAAAGUCAGGAUGACGACUUCGAACUCGAGGUCCGUCUCGAUCCUGCUCACUCGUUGUCCUUCGUUCUCUCACCCAAAACCUACCCGGCGUCUUCUGGCCCCCAGGUUUUUCUCUCCUUUGGAUCCGACGUUUCGAACGAUAGCAGGAGACAGUUGCGCGCUCACCUGCGAGACAUUGUAGAUAGGCAGGAGCCUGGUAUAGAGUGCGUCGACCUUAUUAUUGGCGAUUUCCGCCAGACUCUGGACGAUUUCAACGCGUCCGCCCAGGACGACGCACAGCGCGCUGGGCAGCAGGCAAGCCCCAACGCCUCCCAAGACCAAGCUUUGCGCGUGGUUCUAUGGAUGCAUCAUUUGCUAGCUACCAGUAAGCGCCGUGCCAUCGUGCAGCUUUCCAAGGAGCUUGGCCUCGGUGGCUUUUCGAAACCUGGAUAUCCGGGCAGCGUGUUCGCUGAGGGCGAGGCCACUGCCGUGCGCACUUUUGUCGACGAACUCAAGGUCCAUUUCCUGUGCUGGCCGCAACACGUACCUAUGCUGACUUGA